UGAAGGCGUGAGAGUCGCCAGAUCUCCGUGUGUUCGACAAGAUGGGGGUGAACACCUCCGAGUGAAUGCCUCUAGUGUUCACUAUCACCCUCCCCGUUCCUGCUGUCCUGUCAAAACUACCCUCUCCCUCACCACUAUUUGGCAGCGUCAUACACAAGUCACAUGGCUCCCAAAUUUCCGUUUAACAUCCCGUGCGAAUCACAUUCAGGACAUUAAACGUUACGCGGCAACUACAAUACCCUAGAACUGCCUCGCGACAACCAUGAACUCCCUCGUCCGCUGUCGCAUCCUACCCUGGCGGUGCCCCCCCCUCCAGCUGCGCAGCUUCUCCUCCACCCUCCCCCAACAACUCAUCAAACCCAUCUCUGAGCUCCCCCACUGCAUAAAACCCUCCUACAUUCAACGACCCCAAAACACUCUCCUCUCCCUGCAAUGGCCAUCCCCACCCCGCAACAUUCUCAUAACAAAGAAGAAACGCACACCCGGCAUCACAGACUCCCUCGUCGAAUAUGCCCAACACCUGCACUCCACCUACCCCGCCAUCAACAUAAUCCUCUCUCCCGAAUCCUCCGAAGAAGUCCACUCCCGCGUUCCCUUCCCCGUAUACACCUACGCUGAGCCGACCUCAAACCACUCUCCAGAAUACCUAGGGGAUAAAACCGAUCUAGUAUGCACGCUUGGGGGCGAUGGCACAAUCCUACGAGCUUCUAGCUUGUUCGCACAUUCCGCGCUUGUCCCACCUAUCCUCAGUUUCGCCAUGGGCACGAUAGGGUUUCUCGGGGAAUGGAAGUUCAAGGAAUAUAAACGCGCGUUUAGGGAGGUGUAUAUGUCUGGCGCCAGCGAUGCAUACGCACAUCUCGAGUUCCCAGACGAGCAUCUUGCGUCCGAAGACAUCGUCCCCUCCGCCCCGCCAACCUCCCCUUCCGACCCUCUCGACAAGCCCCUAACCUACGCUGCCAUCCGCGGAAAAGCCAUGGGUUCCUCACGAAACGCCCGCAUCUUACUGCGCAAUCGGCUCAAAGUCGGCGUAUUCGGCCCAGAUGGGGCUCGCAUCAAUGGUGCAAGUGACGACGGCGAUACCUACGCCCUCAACGAAGUAAUCGUGCACCGAGGCUCUUCUCCCCACCUCAAAAUUAUCGACGUCUAUGUCGGCAACCGGUUCCUGACUGAGGCAGUCGCAGAUGGCAUGAUUAUAAGUUCGCCAACCGGAUCAACCGCAUACUCGCUUUCAUCUGGUGGUUCCAUCGUACACCCUCUCGUGCCCUCACUCCUCCUGACACCCAUAUGUCCCCGCUCUCUUUCCUUCCGUCCUUUAGUCUUACCCGCCAACACUCCCAUCACUCUGCGCCUCGGCGAGAAAAACCGCGGUCGCGAAGUUGAAGUCUCGAUAGACGGAAAGCGUAUUUCAGAGGGGAUCGGCGUUGGAAUGGAAGUGCGGGUUCUUGGGGAAAGAGUGCGAAAUUCUGCGAAAGAGUGGUGCGGCGGUGUGCCCAGUAUUGUGCGAGGGACUGUAGGGACGGAGGAGAGGGAAGAGGAUCAUUGGGUUGGUGGACUGAAUGCGUUACUGAAAUUCAACUAUCCGUUUGGGGACCAGGAUUCUGAUGGGAGACAUUGAAGAUACGCCUUUUAGAUGUCUGCAGAAUUUAGAACUUGGGCUGAUAGAGGACACGGGUAUCAUGUUUGGAGCUCGCACGCACAAAUACCCAUAGUUUGCAUGCCAUCGAAUCACUAUCAAAUAGACCCACAUCCACAACGAACACAAGGAACACAAACACACC